AUGCCCAGAACAGCUGGCAGACAAGUUCACAAUGAGAAUCACCCAUCUUCUAGCGCUUCAGAUUAUUACAAAACUCUCACUAUUCCUUUUCUAGACCACUUAAACUCUGAUCUUCAGGCAAGAUUUGAUUUUAGUCAAAUCAACGUUUAUAACGGCUUUAGCGUUGUUCCAUCAAAAAUGAUUUCGCUAAUUAACAGUCUUCCACCAAACAAAAAGAAUUGGAAAGAGAAUUUUCGUUUGUUUUCAGAUUUUUACAAAGAUGAUCUUCCUAAUCCCUUAGGAUUAGAUGCUGAAUUGGAAUUAUGGGAAAAGUUUUGGACAACAUAUGAGGGAUCAUUACCGGACAGUGCAGCUUCCACACUUAAAGCUUUAGGGUUUGAAGGUUUUGAGAAUAUUAAGGCAUGUCUACGGUUACUAGCCACUCUUCCAGUUACUUCUUGUGAGUGCGAACGCUCUAUUUCAGCACUUCGCAUGCUUAAAACUUACAACAGAAGUACGAUGGUUGAAGAACGCUUAAAUGGACUUGCACUAAUGCGAAUACAUCAGGAAAUAGAGCCUACUGUUGAUGAGGUGAUCAAUAAAUUUGCGUAUGGAAACCGGCGAUUAGAACUGAAAUUGUAAAAUUUGACUCUUUAGGCUUGGUCAUUAUAGUUUUGACGAGAAGGAAAGAAAGAGCUUCUAAUUUUUUGUAUAGUCAUGAUAUCUCAUAAAUCUUAGUGACAAACGUGUCACUUAGCCUUAAUUUUGUAUAUUAAAUAAUUUCACUAUGGGUAAUCCUCUGAGCCUGCGUGAAACCAUUUUGAAAUUAUUUGUAUGAUGUGUUGCAUCAUUUUAAUAUGUCUAUUCAAGUUUGAAUUAGGAAUAUUGGAUGUAGUAUUUCAUCUCUUUCUCGUAGCACUUUUUAAAAGAACAUUGAAAACGUCAAUUUAUGUGUGUCAUACACAGCACAAUUGCUUUUGUAUCUCUGUGAAAAUGGUACAAAUAUACAACAUCUUCUGUCA